AUGUCUGAGUUCCUCGGAUAUGUCGGCACCCUUCAUGAGAUCAACUCGGAGGAUUCCACUGUUUCUCUCGAAAAUGUCAUGUCCUUUGGCACGGAAGGCCGCAAAGGCAGGCCCGAGGAGGAGAUAGCCCCCGCCGAACAGAUCUACGAGUACAUUGUAUUCCGUGGUAGCGAUGUCAAGGAUCUCCGCAUCGAAGAGACCCCCGGCCCCCAGAAGGAGAACAAGCCUCCUGCCAUGCCUGAUGACCCAGCUAUUGUCGGCGCACGUUCUCGACCCGCCAACCAACAAGGGCCCGGUUUCCCCCAAGGUCCUCCGGGUCCUGGGUUUGGCCAAAAUAUGUACCCCCCUCCUCCAGGAUGGGGUCGCGGCGGUGGUCCUCCCGGUCCUCCCGGCCCUCCUGGCCCACCCGGCCCUGGGUUUGGCGGUAUGCAGUAUCCUCCCCCUCCUGGUUGGCUACCACCAGGUCAGAACUUCCCACCACCGGGCCCUGGUCCUUGGAACAACUACUACCCGGGACCCCCUGGCCCCCCCGGCCCCCCCGGACCUCAGGGUAUGCCACAUCCUGGGAACCGUCAAGGUCCUCAACAGCCUGUGCCCGAGGGAAAGCCUGCGCCCAUCGGCGGCGGUCCUGACAGGACCAAGAAUGCCGGUCAGGCAAGGCCAGCCGAGUUGCACUCCGAGACGAGGCAAGCUGCGCCGGCACCUCCCGUCGACUCGAAGCCGUCAGCGGAAGAGGUCAAGGCCACAGCUGCCUCGUUGACUGGUGCCGAUGCUUCUAAGCCCGUGCCGACAGGCCCUAGAGGCACGAGGAUCACGCCCGCUGUUCCAUUGCCCGCAGCUCUGACCACCAAGGCUGUUCAACAGACAGCGACGACGAUCGCCAAGCAGGUCAACGAUCCUGCCAAUGCGGCUGCCUUGAGGGAUGCCACUCAAGCUGCCAGAGCCGCCGUGGCUGUAGCCAUGGCCAAGCUCGAGGGGGCGGGACCCAGCUCGCAAACCGCUCAGCCCACCAAUGGCAAUGCUAUGGAUAAUUUGACCAAGAAGGUCAACGAGAUGAGGGUCAAUGCAGCCCAUACUGGGUCCGGCCGUGGAGGCCGUGGCCGUGGCGGUUCUGGUCGACAAGGCAAGAUCGAAAUUCCCGAUUCGGACUUCGACUUUGCUUCUUCCAAUGCCAAGUUCAACAAGGAUGAGAUUGUCAAGGAAGCUGCAGCCUCUCCUCUUGGCGAGGCUGCCGACGGCCCAGCACCUGAGGCGCAAGACGCAAACGCUGAGAGCGGCCCUUCUGCUUACAACAAGAAGAGCUCGUUCUUCGACAAUAUCUCGAGCGAGGCCAAGGACCGCGCUGAGAACAACGGUCAGAAACCUGGCGGCCGAGAGUGGCGUGGGGAGGAACAGCGAAAGAACAUGGAGACCUUCGGACAGGGCAGCGUCGAUGGCGGUUACCGUAACUACCGCGGCCGGGGCCGUGGUCGCGGCGGAAUGCGCGGUCGCGGCGGCUACGGCAGAGGUGGACGUGGCAACUAUCGUCGCACCAAUGACAGCCAGCCGGGCGCCCAAUAA